AUGAAUGGCGAGUAUUCGCACAUUUCAGGAUGCUAUGACAAGGGUACGUCAUGCACCAAAAACACGUGCACCAAAUUCCCGGAAUUUGCUCGUAACAACUGCGCUAAAACGUGUGGUUUUUGUGACUCAGGCACUUCAGCAGCAGCAUCAGUAGCAGUGGUUUGGAUGCUUGCUAUGAUAAGGAUCCCGACUGCAACCAAGAAAUUUGUCGCACUUUGCCGUACACAGCCAAAGAACGCUGCCCUAAAUUCUGUGGCCUCUGUCAAUCCUCGAUCCGAAAAGCUGAGUGGCAGCUUGUGUUUUGACAAGGAUCCGGACUGCACCAAGGAAACCUGCCGGGACUACCCGUUCACAGCGAAGGAGCGAUGCGCAAAAACAUGCGGACAUUGUGGCGCUGGCUCAACAUCAACUUCCAUUUCAUCCUCUUCCAGGAUAGCUUCGGGUGAGAUAUCACCAAGCCGACAUGCUUCUAUUCGCACCAACGAACCCGGAGCUAUCGGCGGGAAAGAACUGGAAUGCAUCGAUUUGGACACGGACUGCAGUCAAGAUACCUGCAAGAAUUAUCCGUACACAGCCAAAGAACGCUGUGCCAAAACUUGCGGAUUCUGUCGUAAGGAAGCAACUGGUGCAGCUUCCAGCCGACAAUCCUCUCUGCCCGAUUCACGUCGUGGCAGUACCAUUUCGCACUCCUCUGCUGCAGGCUCAAGAAGAGGUUAG